AUGUGCGUAACCAUUGGAGGAGGCGGCGGCUUUCAUAUUGCAGGAGACGGCAGCUUUAGCAAAGGAGGAUGCGGCUUCAACUAUGCGGGGUGCGGCACCUUGAACGAUGAAGGUGGCGGUGGCUUAACUAUUGGAGGAGGCGGCUUCAACUAUGCAGGAGGCGGCGGCUGCAACUAUGAAGGAGACGGUGGCCUAACUAUUGGAGGAGACGGCAGCUUUAGGAAAGGAGGAGGCGGCUUCAACUAUGCAGGGUGCGGCAGCUUAGACGAUGAAGGAGACGGUGGCUUAACUAUUGGAGGAGACGGCUUCAACUAUGCAGGGUGCGGCAGCUUAGACGAUGAAGGAGACGGUGGCUUAACUAUUGGAGGAGGCGGCUUCAACUAUGCAGGAGGCGGCGGCUGCAACUAUGAAGGAGACGGUGGCCUAACUAUUGGAGGAGACGGCAGCUUUAGGAAAGGAGGAGGCGGCUUCAACUAUGCAGGGUGCGGCAGCUUAGACGAUGAAGGAGACGGUGGCUUAACUAUUGGAGGAGACGGCUUCAACUAUGCAGGGUGCGGCAGCUUAGACGAUGAAGGAGACGGUGGCUUAACUAUUGGAGGAGGCGGCUUCAACUAUGCAGGAGGCGGCAGCUUAGACGAUGAAGGAGACGGUGGCUUAACUAUUGGAGGAGGCGGCUUCAACUAUGCAGGAGGCGGCAGCUUAGACGAUGAAGGAGACGGUGGCUUAACUAUUGGAGGAGGCGGCUUCAACUAUGCAGGGUGCAGCAGCUUAGACGAUGAAGGAGACGGUGGCUUAACUAUUGGAGGAGGCGGCUUCAACUAUGCAGGAGGCGGCAGCUUAGACGAUGAAGGAGACGGUGGCUUAACUAUUGGAGGAGGCGGCUUCAACUAUGCAGGAGGCGGCAGCUUAGACGAUGAAGGAGACGGUGGCUUAACUAUUGGAGGAGACGGCUUCAACUAUGCAGGGUGCAGCAGCUUAGACGAUGAAGGAGACGGUGGCUUAACUAUUGGAGGAGGCGGCUUCAACUAUGCAGGAGGCGGCGGCUUUAGGAAAGGAGGAGGCGGCUUCAACUAUGCAGGGUGCGGCAGCUUAGACGAUGAAGGAGACGGUGGCCCAACUAUUGGAGGAGACGGCUUCAACUAUGCAGGGUGCGGCAGCUUAGACGAUGAAGGAGACGGUGGCUUAACUAUUGGAGGAGGCGGCUUCAACUAUGCAGGAGGCGGCGGCUGCAACUAUUAA